AUGAUGGUCCAGUGUGCCGGCUGCGAGCGGCCCAUCCUGGACCGGUUCCUGCUCAACGUGCUGGACCGGGCCUGGCACGCCAAGUGCGUGCAGUGCUGCGAGUGCGGCUGCAAGCUGGCCGACAAGUGCUUCUCGCGGGACGGCAAGCUCUACUGCAAGGUGGACUUCUUCCGGCGGUUCGGUACCAAGUGCGCCGGGUGCCUGCAGGGCAUCUCGCCCAGCGACCUGGUGCGCAAGGCGCGCAGCAAGGUGUUCCACCUCAACUGCUUCACAUGCAUGGUGUGCCACAAGCAGCUGUCCACCGGCGAGGAGCUCUACGUCAUCGACGAGAACAAGUUCGUGUGCAAGGACGACUACCUGAGCUCGGCCACCAUCAAGGAGGUCAGCCUCAACUCAGUGUCGUCGUGCACGGACCGGAGCCUGUCGCCGGACCUGCAGGACGGCGGCCUCCACGACGAGCUGAAGGAGGCCGACAACUGCACGUCCUCGGACAAGGAGACCAACAACAUCGAGAACGAGGAGCAGAACUCGGGCACCAAGCGGCGGGGUCCGCGCACCACCAUCAAGGCCAAGCAGCUGGAGACCCUCAAGGCCGCCUUCGUCGCCACGCCCAAGCCCACGCGACACAUCCGGGAGCAGCUGGCGCAGGAGACCGGACUCAACAUGCGCGUCAUCCAGGUUUGGUUCCAGAACCGAAGAUCCAAAGAGCGACGGAUGAAGCAGCUGAGCGCUUUGGGGGCCCGCAGGCACGCCUUCUUCCGGGGCCCGAGGAGGAUGAGGACCCUGGGGGGCCGCCUGGAGGACCCGGACAUCUUGGGGCCCGCGGCCUACGGCUACUACGGAGAGUACCAAGGGGACUACUACGGACCAGGAGCCAACUACGACUUCUUCCCGCACGGCCCCCCGUCCUCGCAGGCCCAGUCCCCCGCCGAGUCCCCCUACAUCCUGGGCUCGGGGCCCGGAGCCAUGGAAGGCUCGGGCCACCUCCCCUCGGACGACCAAAGGUUCACGGACAUGAUCUCCCACGCCGAGACGCCCAGUCCGGAGCCGGGCUCCCUGCAGCCCGUGCCCGGAGAGGCGUACGGGGGCGGGCCCAGUCCCUCCGUUCUCACUGGCCAGUAA